AUGGGACUAGCUCCUGGGGGUCGCGGGGUCUUUGAGCCUCCCAUCGCGCCUUGGGCCACCUGGCACCGGUCUCUAGAGCUCUUUUGCGUCCCAGCCGUGAUUCCCCUGAAGGAUUCGGAGCACAAGGGGCUGCCUCUGCAUUUUGCGGUGGACCCAGGGAAGGACUGGGAGUGGGGGAAAGUCGACAACGAUAAUUCCUCUCUCUCUAGCCUGAUCCUGUCGCUAGAAGCCAAGCUGAACCUUCUGCACGGCUACAUGAAUGUGACGUGGAUCCGGAUCCUCUCCGAGACUCGGGGUGAGCCUGGAGCCCCUCUGGCGCAGCCGGAGUCCCCGACGGCCUCGGCGGAGGAGGACGUGCAGUCCCUGCCCGACUCGCUGGACUCGGACCGUGACUCGCUGUGCAGCAACUCCAACAGCAAGAACGGCAAGGGCAAGGAGAAGGAGAAGCAGCGCAAGGACAAGACCCGCGCGGACUCCGUGGGCAUCCAGCUAAAGAAGAACAUGGGCGGCCUGGUGCACGGCCCGAUGAGCCGCUCCAAGUCAGCCAACGGCAAUCACGGGAACGCGCCCGAGCGCGGCAAGGAGAAGAAGGACGAGGCGCGCAAGGGCAGCAAGGAGGAAUCGGGAGCCUCGGCCAGCACGUCGCCUUCGGAGAAGGCCACGCCGUCGCCCACGGGCAAGGCAGCAGGCGCGUCGCCAGCCGACAAGGGCGGCGGGCCCCGUGGCGACGCCUGGAAGUGCAGCACGGACGUGAGGCUGAGCCUCCACAUGCUGCGCUCCGCCAUGCAGGGCGAGCGCAAGUUCAUCUUCGCCGGCCUGCUGUUCACCAGCCACCGGCACUAGUUCCACGAGGAGAUGAUCGGCUACUACCUGACCAGCGCGCAGGAGCGCUUCAGCGCCGAGCAGCAGCGCCGCGACGCCACCACCGCCUCCACGGACAAGGGGCCGCCGCGCAGGCCUGAGGCCGAGAGCGGGAGGAGCCCCGAGCGCGCCUCGCCGGGCCCCACGCAGCUGGUGCUCAAGCUCAAGGAGCGCCCGAACCCCGCGGUGGAGGGGGCACGGGCGGCGCCGCGCGGCGCGGCCUCAACGGGCCCCGGCGGCGGCGGACCGGUCCCCGUGGGCAGCUCCCCGGCUCCGGGGCGCCAGAGCGUUAUCCAGGUGGAGGCGGUGGGCGCGCGGGACAAGGCGUGCGCCCCGGCCGUGGGCAUGCUGCGGCCGUGCGCCUUGUACCCGCGGCAGAGGAGCGAGCUGUCGUCGCUGAGCUACAGCCCGGCGCGCGCCGCCGCCCUGCGCACGGUCAACACGAUCGAGUUGAUGGCGCCCGUCCCAGGGGCCUUGCCCGGAGCGGCGGGGGCGGAGGGAGCGGCCGAGCGCAUGUCGCAGACCUACGCCAACGGCUUCGGCUCGGCGCGCGACGGCCUCGAACGGUGCGGGCGGCCCGGACGGCCCCGCCAGCGAGAGAAGUGCGCGUUCUACGGGCGCACCGAGACCGAGCACUACUGCUCGUACUGCUGACGCGAGGAGCGGCGGCGGCGGCGGCGCGAGGCGCCCGCGGCCCGGCCCUGAGCGCGCGUCGCGGCCCCGCCGGCCGGGCUGUCCUCUCCGUGCUGUAGGUGUCUCCUCCGCGUCCUGGUCCACCGGGAGGCCGGCGAUCCUCUGUACGUGCUGUGUACGUGUUUGGUCAAACGUUCCUAAUGGUGCCUGAACCGACACUGACGCCACUCAGGUAGUAGACAGAUAGGAAACAGCCAUACUGUUGGAAGUGGGUGUGCUAGCUAGUACCUGCCUCGUACCUAUGGAAAUUGAAUAGCCAUUGCAAGAGUAUUUUUGUUCCUCGAUAAGAGAAGUAAAGAAAUUUGCACCCCUUUGUUUUUAGAAGGGAGUGUUUUACAUGCCUCUUUUCAGGGGGGUGGGCGGGGGCUUUUUUCUCUAACACGGCGACUGACCUCUUACAUGUAGCGGUCACCUGCGUGCGAUCGGUGCCACCAGGGUUUCAAAGCAAACGCGCGGCCCCGGGACCGCGGUGGCGGCUCUGCCUCGGGCUCCCUCCCACCUGUGCCCCUCCCGGGCCCCUGGAGGACAGGACGCUUGGCCGCCCGCUGGCGCCCUGGUGGUCUCUGUAGCCCUUUAGGAAUACGCGGCUCCAUCUCAUAAGCAAAACCCCCUCCCACAGCCCCCGGCUCGAGCGACAUUCACACUGCUCUCAAAGCCGCGGGCGUCUGUAGGAUGGGCACCGGACAACCCACCUCGCAGGGCGCGGUGAGAUGUAGCGAUCGUUCCCGGUGCCGGGCAGCUCAGGUGACAGGAGCUUUCCAAAGACACCUUGGACCCCCAAAGGCAAGGUUCCCAACUCACUAUUUGGAGUUGCCCAUAUAUGAGAAGAGAUGACACCCUGCUCACAUUUCCCCUUCAAAGACACUUCCGCAGUGAACCGUGGCCGGAGGGCGCCGUGGGAGGCGACCAUCGAAGCCCCAGGAGAGGGGCGAGAACUUGACCCUGCGGUCACUGUGUAAGCCCCCACUAGGCCACCCUGAAACCGGGCCUGCGCCUCUUUCCAGAGGGAAGGGGCUGAGGGCCGCCGGGAAGGAAGCCCACCCCUAGCCCGCCCCCCACCCGCAUCUGUCUGGGAUCAGCCAGGUGGAGGGGCGCCGCUCCCAUCGGGGUCCCCUCCACAGGGUGGGGGUAACCCUGACUGUGGCUGCAGAACACAUUAGGAGCAGCCCCAGCACGUCCCUAUUUUG